AUGCAAAGCCCGUUUGCGGCUGAUUUGGAACAUCCCACGUCUUCUGGCCCCAAGUGUACUUCAAAGCGAGUGGCGCCAAAGUUCCCCAAAGACCCACCGCCAUACGUCUCCCGGAACCUUACGUUUUUUCUGGAGAAGGAAAGAUUCGUCCACUUUGUCCUCCCCCAAACAAAACCGCAACAACGCGCGCCCACAGCUUCUUACCAGAUCAUGGAGACUCUGCAACUGGCGCAGAUGCUCGCAGACCUUAGCAGUCUUAACGCGGCUGAACCCGAUGCCGCCGCAGCCCUCGUGACCGCAAACAAAACCAUCGAAAAGACCGAGAAGCAGCACCAGACCCAGUUCCCGACCGACCAGCAGCAGCAGCAGCAAUACCAGCACUCCCUCGCCGCAAGGCACCUCUCCGACGACCCGUCGCGCAUCAGCCCCCCCUCGCAGGGCCACUCGCGCCACCACUCCCGCAGCGGCACGGGCCACAACACCCCGGCCCUCUUCGACAAGUUCGGCCGCCGCAUCCUCACGAGCCCGCCCCUGACCCGGACCAACUCGUCGCCGGGGUCCGGCUCGGGCACGCCGCGGCGCGGAUCGGAUGUGGAGGAGCCCCCCGCCGCCGCCGGCAGCGGCGACGUCGACCGCGCGUCGACCCUCAUGACGCUCUACGAGAUCCGGACUAAGCUGAAGCAGCAGGAUAACAGGAGCCUCGUGAAGGCGCGCGAGAAGAUUGCGGAGUUGGCGGCGCGACAGCAGGCGCAGGCUCAGAAGGAAGGGGAGAAUGGUCAGGGGUCGCGGUAUACAUAUCCCAAGUGA